AUGGGGGGAGAUCAAGUGCGUAAAGUAAAGCAGAAGCAUCAGUUAAGACAAUGGAGUAAAGGGAAAACAAAAGAGGGGAUCAAUGAUCCUUUAACCGAAGGAGACAUUAAAUCUCAUGAAACUAUGGUCUAUGGAUUUAAAAAGGUCUUCCCUGAUGUUAAGGUAAUUUCUGAAGAACAUGACAAUAGAAAAGUGAACUUAGAAGAUAUAGAAACUCCGAAGCAUUUCCUUUUGAAACAGUUUGUGGACGACGACGUAUUUGUAAAUGUCGAAGAUAUUACAGUAUGGGUGGAUCCUUUAGAUGCAACCAAAGAAUAUACUGGUUUAAUUUUAAUAUGA